AUGUUGGCGCAAGCUUUAGUCGUGUGGACCUCUGAAAUGCGAGAUCGGUUUAGUCUAGAGCCAGGAAGUGCGGGCGAGCUGUUGUUGACGCACCGCAGUACUGUGCUUCGCGAGCUCCGAAAGAGAAUAUCUUCAUCAGACGUGUGCACUUCCGACCCUGUGAUGUGGACUAUCCUCAUGCUGGCUGCAACUGAGCUUAUGCAGGAUAACAUGGACGCCAUGGAAACGCACCUGGGCGCUCUGCGGCACAUUAUCCGUCUCAGAGGCGGUGUAAAUCAAUCGGGAUCGAGCGACUGGGUCACGCUCCUUCUUCUACAAUUUGAAAGCUUCUUGGACUACCGGCAGUUUGACCAUGUUAGGAGUGCAGACUUCGGCCACGCAUUGUCAGUGGCUGAACAGGUGCAUUGCACCUUCUCACCAGAGCUCAAGGCUCGGCUGGCCAAAUUACCUCCAGGGUUCGUGGAAGUAUUCGCUGUCUGUCCGAUGAACCUGCAGAUCUUAGACCUGGUGGAAAGAAUACACCAAUGGAUGCAGCAGCUUGCCGACACUACUCAUGUAGGUCAAGGACGAGAGGCUAUCGAAAGCAUUGCGGAUGCCAUGUCCUUUGAUUCAUUUCGAGCUUUCGACCUGCUGCAACAGGACAAGCUUGGUUCGACAGAACGCUUACUGGUUCUUGGGUUGUGUGCGUUUUGCAUUUAUAUGAACGGCCGAAUCAUCUACUCCGUCAUGGAGUGGGGGCUCCGGCUCCAUUGCAUGGCGCAAGUCACGAAGCAGAUGGGUCCCUUCGAGGAGGACGCCCGCCGGAGCAUGAUCUGGGUCGCAGCAAUCCUAAUGGCAACAGGUGGAAAUGGCUCUCCGUCAUGGCAAUUGGGGGGACGAAUCAUUCGUGCAUGUCGUGGUGCGCAUUCGCUUCUGCAGACCACCGCCCAAAGGAACCAGACAUGUUAUUUUUGGCACACGAAUCUGACCGAGAAAUUGAUGGCUGCCGCUCUGCCCGAAUGA